UUUACGCGGGAAGCAACGACGCCUCCACGGCAAACGGAAAUUGUUAUCAAAAACAAGCAGAUAAAUAGCAGCAAAAUGGUCGAGCGCAUCGAGGACCUCAACCUGCCCAACGCUGUGAUUGCCCGGCUCAUCAAGGAAUCGCUGCCGGACUCUGCGAGCGUCAGCAAGGAGGCGCGCGGUGCGAUUGCCCGGGCAGCAUCCGUGUUUGCCAUCUUCGUGACCUCCUCGUCGACGGCUCUGGCCCACAAGCAGAACCACAAGACCAUCACGGCCAAGGACAUUCUGCAGACCCUCACCGAGCUGGACUUCGAGAGUUUCGUGCCCUCGCUGACGCAGGACCUGGAGGUCUACCGGAAAAUGGUGAAGGAUAAGAAGGAGAGCAAGGCCAGCAAGAAGGACACGAGCAGCUCGGAAAAUGCCAACGCCAGCAGCACGGCCGUCGUUGAAGAAGCCACCGAGUGAUCCGCACAGGAUCUCCUAACCAUCAGGAGGAAUUUUUAUCCUUAGUCUCUAAGCACAAACCUAGUAUUAAGCUCACACAAAGAACAUUAAAUUAAAUCAGAAUCCGA